CCGGUGCCUGGCGUCCACCUGUAAUCGACCCCGCUCAGUCCCUGCAGCCACGACAACCGCACAAUGAGCUCUCUCCUGUUCCUAGUAUUAGUUGUAUACUUCAAAAACACAUCUGCUUCCCAGACCACUGACUGUCUGCACCUGAGAGAGCAAUGCAUUCGUGCUGCAAAUGGAUGUGAAAGUGUCUGGAAUGUAAUUGAAGAUGCCUGUAAUAUUUCAGGUAACAGCUGCAAGGCAAAAGAUUCAGUUGGCUGUAAUACAACCAUCCAAUUCCUGGCUGACCAGUAUCCACAAUUUAAAGACUGUAUCUGCACCAAAGAUGAUUUUUGUAGCAUCAGACUGUUGCUUGGGAAACAAUGUGCCAUUAAAAAAGGGCAUUUGGAGCCUUCACUAAGCCCAGAUAUCCAAUUAAAUUUCAUGUCGCACUCGAAACCCAAAGGCAUGCAACGCACCGGGGAAUCAGAAAAUGACUGCAGUACUGCAAAGCAAAACUGUCGAGAAGACCAUAACUGCUUUAUGAUGUAUAAGAACUUUCAAAGAGUUUGCAGAGCAGAGGUGGCAAAAUGCAGCGUCCAAAUGGUUGGGCAACAAUGUUUGGCAGCGUGGAAGGAGCUGAGGAAAACAGUGCUGUGGAACUGCAAGUGUUCAGAACCAAUUCAAAAAAGAUGUGCUAAAAUAUGGCAGAGUAUCUUUAAUAACACUUGUUUACAGUACAUGCAGGAGAAUCAAGCUUUUGCCAUGAGGGAAGAAGACUAUGAUGAUGAGAGAAAUCCAGGCAUUCAUCCAGAUAAUAUUAACAUGGAAACUAAGUUACAAUGGAACUUAUCUGCUCUUUCCAAACAUGAAUACACAGAGAAUGGAACCUGUUUUGAUGUAAACAAGGAAUGUAUUGAAGAUGAAGUAUGUAAUAAACAGUUAUCUCUGUACCUUAAAGUUUGUUCAGUAACUAGAAAGCAGUGCAACAUGGAACAAUGCCAAGCAGCCAUAAGGUUCUUCUAUCAAAAUAUGCCUUUUAAUGUUGCCCAGAUGUUGACAUUUUGUGACUGCACCCAGCCUGAUGAAUCUUGUCAGCAAGCCAAAGAACUUCUUCAUGGCAAGCCAUGUGCAGUCAACAUAGUUCCCCCUCCUUCAUGUCUAAAUGUAAUUCACAGGUGCCAAGACAAUGAAUUGUGCAGGAAAAAAUAUGAAGUGUUUCGGUCAAAGUGCUGGAGACAUGUGACAAAAAGAUGCUAUGAUGAUAAAGCUUGCCUUGAAACUUUAAUUGAGGAUGAUCUGAUUUGCUCUGGAAGUGCUGACUGCAGAGCAGCUUACAUUGACAACUGGGGGACCAUGCUUCGGGUGGAAUGCACCUGUAAUACUGUCCCACUAGCUGAACAGUCUUUGUGCAAGCUCUUCCAUCACCUGCUUCACAGCAAGUCCUGCUUCAGUCAGAUUUCAAGAGGAAAGACAGACCUUCAACUGAUACAUACUGAUAUGCCAGGAGAAAAGCUUCCCAUAACAAGGUUGCAUUCUUUAGUUAAUGGUGAAACAAUCUAUAUUAUUGCGUAUACCUCUUGCGUAGCACUCAUCUUGGGAAUAGUCCUGGUGGCUCUUCUAAAGACCAGGACUCUAGGGCCUCCUCUGUCUUUCCUGAAGUCAGUGGAAACCUUCCUGUUGAAUGCAAGGUGGCAAGAUACAGUCUGUUUUUACAGUCCUGUGAUGUCUUUUAGUUGCCUUCUAAAGAUAUAUUUCUAUCCUUGUAACAAACCCCGAUGCCAACUCUGUCCACAUAUCUAUUCAAGUGACAUCAUCAUAGGACCUAAUCACAUCGGCCAUACCAUCAGGGGCUCGUUCACCUGCACAUCUACCAAUGUGAUAUAUGCCAUCAUGUGCCAGCAAUGCCCCUCUGCCAUGUACAUUGGCCAAACCGGACAGUCUCUACGCAAAAGAAUUAAUAGACACAAAUCUGACAUCAGGAAUCAAAAUACUCAAAAACCGGUGGGAGAACACUUUAACCUGUCUGGUCAUUCAGUGGCAGACCUGCGGGUGGCUAUAUUACAACAGAAAAACUUCAAAAACAGACUCCAACGAGAGACUGCUGAGCUAGAAUUGAUAUGCAAACUAGACACAAUCAACUCCGGUUUGAAUAAGGACUGGGAAUGGCUGAGCCAUUACAAACAUUGAAUCUAUCUCCCCUUGUAAGUAUUCUCACACUUCUUAUCAAACUGUCUGUACUGGGCUAUCUUGAUUAUCACUUCAAAAGUUUUUUUUCUCUUAAUUAAUUGGCCUCUCAGAGUUGGUAAGACAACUCCCACCUGUUUAUGCUCUCUGUAUGUGUGUAUAUAUAUCUCCUCAAUAUAUGGUCGAUUCUAUAUGCAUCUGAAGAAGUGGGCUGUAGUCCACGAAAGCUUAUGCUCUAAUAAAUUUGUUAGUCUCUAAGGUGCCACAAGUACUCCUGUUCUUCUUUUUUCUAAAGAUAUAGACCAUUUUAGAGAUUUUCCAGUCUUCAAGGCUGGGGGCCCUACAUACCACUUAGGCCCAUCUGAUAUGAAAAAUUUAUCCUUUCCAUCAUGGAUUUUACAUGUUCUACAGGGCCCUGUUCAAGCCCUAUGGACUGAGGUGCAUUUCACUACAUUGUAUAAUUCUUGUCCUUUGUUUUCUUUAGAAUUAUUUCCUGUGCUUUUCAUAUAUUAUUUUCCUAAGAACCCCUUAGGUGAAAACCAUCUGGCCCUGAUGAUUUCCUGAAAAUGGGUUCCUUGCU